UUAGUCACUAUUUUUGAAAAUUAACGUUUGUAUUGAACGUGAAUUCUGUUAAUUAAACUUCUUUCUCACAAAUUUUAAAAUGUAACACUGUUUAUUUGCAUACACUUUAAAAGUUUUAACGUCUUAUUUAAAUUUAUUGUGGUAUUUCCUUAUUGAUUUGAAAACUAUGUACACUUUAAAAUUGCCACUAUUUAUUUACAUGAUCAAGUCUUUUAGAGCAGUUUUACACAAUUUUUUUCAUCACUUUACUGAUUUAACACUUGAGAAUAUUUUUAAGUAGUUUUAAUACAGAUUGAUUGCUUUUUAUUAUUUUUAUUUACUUAAAAAUACGGAGGUCCUAUAUCAAUGUUGCCACAGGGCAACGGUGGCGCCCUAAAAGCAAUAUGAGAUUUAUAUUAUCUUGCUUUCAGCUAAAGACUCCAUGAAAGAUCAUGACUAUGCUUUGAGUUAUCAAAUCGAAGGGUCUGUCGACCUAGCAGAAGGGACAUCAACUAAUGUGAAAACUGACGGUAAAUGUCCUACUGUAUCAGAAAUGCAAACACAUGAAACAUUGGAAAUUCUUGACAACCAGCCUGUAUCAAUAUUAGGAACUGUAUCAACAGAUUUGAAACACAGUGGGCAGCAAAUUAAAAGUAAAGGAACACCAAGGAAAUAUCUUGUUAAAGGAAGAGUGAACCUGACAACAACAACAUAGUGUAGGUGUUUUAUAAAAAGAAUGAAAGAAAUGUCUAUCAAAGAAAACAAGAAGCAAAAGCCAUUUUCCGAAAGAUUAGAUACUGCUACAUCACUAAGUAAUAGCCAAUUGUUUGUUAAAAAUUUUUGCAACAUUACUCAUCAAGCACAAGAUUUUAUUCUUAUGCAGUUGAAACUGGCAGGUAAAAAGAAGAAAGCAAUGCGAUACACCACAAAUGAAAAGCUUUUAUCAUUAUCACUAAUGAAGGAAAGCCCUAAAGGAUAUAGGCUAUUACAAAAGAUAUUUAACUUGCCUACUAAAAGAACUCUAAACCGCCUUGCUGAAAACAUAACAUUUGAUGUGGGCAUAAAUGAUAAUAUUUUUAAAAUAUUAAAAAACAAAGCUCAAAAAUGGACCACAAAGAAAAAAUUGUGUUCAAUCCUGUUUGAUGAAGUAGCUCUCACGCCUCAUCUCACAUAUGUUGAGUCACAAGAUGAAAUAAGGGGCUUUAAGGACUUUGGGAAUAACAGAGAAUUUAAAUUUUGUGAUCAUGCUCUGGUAUUCAUGUUAAGAGGAGUCUGCUCAAAGUGGAGACAACCUAUUUCAUUUUAUUUUUGUGAGGGUACUACUGCAGCUGUUACAGUUGUACAGAUUUUGAAAGAAGUGGUCACAAGAGUAUGUGAGUCAAGCUUGAUACCCGUGGCUGUUGUGUGUGACCAAGGUUCUACAUUUCGAACAGCUAUAAAUAUAUUAAAGAGAGAAACAGAACGCAAAAAGAAUUUGAAUGAACAACAUUAUGAUGGAACUGUUGAGAUAUUCAAUCAUGAAUUAAAUGUGGUGUAUGAUCCACCACAUUUACUAAAAGGACUAAGAAAUAAUUUUUUAAACAAGGAUAUGAUCUUUAAAGGGAGGAUUGCCACUUGGAGUGACAUACUCUCAGUUUACAAUGCAGAUUGCCAAUUAGGUCACACAAGAAUGAAUAAAAAGUUAACAGAUCACCAUGUUUACACUGAGAAAAUGAAAAAAAUGAAAGUGUCUGUGGCUGCCCACUGUGUGGCGUCCGCUAGUGAUGAAUACAUCACCCCUAUUUUCCCAACCUUAGAGUUCAAAUUGGAACUAAUUUUGAAGUCCUAUCUAAUAAGAAAAUAAUUAUUAAAAUUGGAUAACAUUAUGAGAAGUUAUGUUCGGUUUUACUUUACAAUUAAUAUGUAUACAAUCAAUCAUCCCCUGUUUUCCUACCCUUAUGGUUGGAUUUUCUUCUCCAAAUUUAUAUGGGACCUUAUUCGAAACAUAGCGUAUAUGAGGUGCUACGUAAAUUUGGAAAAGAAAAUCCAACCCUUCUAAUUGAAAAAAUUAUCAAAAUCGGACUACUCAGUAAAAAGUUACAUGUUGAUACAUAAAAAAAUAUAUACAUGUUGAUUGCUUAACCUUCUUGUAACUAAGAGUAACAAACAUCCAUACAAACUUUCGCGUUUAUAAUAUAAGUAGGAUUUCUAAUGAAAAAUUUAAAAGAGAGUUUUUGGGUGGUCCGCUGAUUCUCAAACAUACCGAAUAUACAUAUAAAACUUCAUCAAAAUUGGUCAAGCCAUUUCAGAGGAGUAACAACAAGCAACACUUUUUAUUUCACAUUUUAUAUAUGUAUAUUGUAUAUAGAAUAUUAUACAUAUCCUAAUAAUAUUAUUAUAAAGAGGUAAUUAGUGAGUUAGUCUGUU